UUCCAAAGGCCAAGCAUUGGUUUCUGUUAUAUUUCACACACCCUCUUGGAAUUUUGUCACUUGGUAUUUUCCUUACCACCGUCGAUACCCAAAUGUCUAUAUUUAUUUCUUCACUUCUUCUACAUAACACCUCCCUCACUUCAUUCACCCAUCCAUCAAUUUCAACACAUUUCCAUCAAUAUAUAUAUAGGUAGGUAAUUUUCAUGAUGGUCCAAAUUCAUCAUGAAAAUGAAGAAAUGCUUGUUGACGAUGAUGAAAAUAGUCACGACAGCUCAACUAACACGUUUUUUAUAAAUGAUAACAUAGAUAUACUUAUAGAAAUAUUAACAAGGCUAGAUGGGCGGUCACUAAGUACCGCGGCAUGUGUGUGCAAACAAUGGUGUUUGAUAACACGUAAUGAUUCGAUAUGGGAACAUUUGUGCUUUAGAAAUGUGUCACCUCCACCAAUUGGUGUUAGGCCCAUCGUUUCGGCAUUGGGUGGGUUUAAACGGCUCUACAUGGUUUGUGUGAGACCCGUUUUGAGCCGGCUUAAAUGUAGGAAAAUCAUUGUUGGUGAGUCGGAGGUUGUCAGACGUGUUUGGAACCAACAUGAAGUGGAACUAUCCUUGUCUUUGUUUUGUGUUGAGUAUUAUGAAAGGCUGUUGGUUAAUGGUGGUGGUGGCAGAGUUGUCGGUGAUUCAUCCGCGUCGUCUUCGUCUUUGAAGUUUUUGUGCAUGCCGGUAAAUGUUUGAGAGCUAUGCUAUAUAGCAUUUACAACCGGUGUCGUCUAAUUUUGGAUUAAUUUGAGUAUUUGAAGUAGUAUAGCCGGGUGACAUUCUUUAUUUUGAUAUAUGUUCUAUAAUGUUAUAAAUUAAUGUAGUUUAAUUUUUGUGCUUUUAAUUA